AUGGCGGCCAGGAGACAGAACAAAAACGUCCUCGGAACAAGGAGGCCCGCGGUGGGCGCCCAUGCUCUCAAGAAAGUGAGCGGGCCCGAUGAAAACAGCAUUGCCAGGGCAAAGGCGCCUCGGGCCUCAUCCAAGACUCUGGCUUUGGGCAACAAGCCCCCUGCGAGUGAGCCCAAGGCAGAGUCGGGAAAAGCACAGAACGCGAAGCUGGAAAAUUCAUCUACAGCCAAACCCACAACCACCCGCCGUUCAGCCCUCUCUGCCGUCUCCGGGACUCCUCUCCGCCCAGUCCUCGCAUCCAAGCAAGCAAGUGCCGGACAAUCCGCCAGUACUACCACGAAGCAUUCCCAGAAAUCAGCCGCGAAACCAACACCCGGGCUCAAGUCUUCAAUCCCCGUCGCCACCCCAUCUACCAAGGCCCGUGUGCCUGCUAGUGCAGCGAAGACCAAGAAGACGCUGAGUAUCUAUACCCCAGCCAAAGAGGCCAGUAAGACACGGAAGAAGGUAGCACACAGUUCUCUCGAGUACAUGCCAUCUCCUGUCCGAGAAAGAGAUUACCAACCACUUGCCAUGGAAUUCUCCAGAGAAGACGAUGGUAUCUUCACAAUGCCCAGUGAGCCCGACCUUGACUUGGGCCUUGACAUUGGUCCGGAUGAGCCGUCCCUCAUGAGGCCAGAGCUCGGACCUGAUCUUGACCUGGAUCUCGACUUGGAUCUCUCCCUGAAGCUUGACGACGAACCUCUUGUGAUCUGA